GCGCGGCCCAAAUCGAGCUCACAAUGUCGAUUGCCUUCAAUUCUGUGCAUGCUCCAGUGCCGGUCUCUCCAACCCUUCCCUUCAGCAACUACAUUUUGAGGUCGGGCUUGCAUUCGCGCAGUAUUGCAGCGUAGUACUCGCAGGGAGGAGUUGCUGCUCGCAGCCAGAAUUUGGAUUGGAGCUGUUUGGGACGUCUAACAAUUCGGCGGUAGAAGCUGUUGAAGAUUGAUCAGGUAGUCUUGCGAAGUUGAGCGGAAUGGAUUGGUCGGGCGAGUCGGAGUAUGAACUGUGAGCGGUGAAUUGGACCUGCGGCAACAAGUCCACGAGCGAGAACUCGAAAACGUCUGAAAGAGAGCGUUGCAAGCGAAAGGAACAUGGCGCUGGUCGGGAAAGGGAAUUUUUUGAGCUUGGAGCCUGGACAGUCUGUGAGAUGCAUAGCUUCAUGUGCAAAACCUGUAUCUCGCCCGUUUAGGGCUUUAGCUGCGGGAAAAUGGUCAAAUGUGGGAGACCUUUGCAGUAGAAGUAUUCAUACUCGUCGUGUUGCCCGUGUGGAUGAAUUUGAGAUCUUCGGAAUUUCGAGGGUGCGGCAGGUAAGACAGAGACUUCGUAUGCAGAACAGGUUUAUGGCUCAGUCAGACAUGGUCACGCCGGAGCGCGGUGAGAACGAGGAUGCUACGGGGGCCCACGCGACAGAGAAACCAAUGCCAGAGAGGGUAGCGGAGAUUAAAGGGGAGCCCAGCUCCGCCUUUGCGGUGGCCAUUCGAAACUUGGGCUUAAAUGUAAAAAAUGAAAAAGGGGAAAUUCCUGUGUUGAAGGAUUGUUCGCUAAACGUUCCGGAGGGUCAAUUGUGGAUGCUAUUAGGACCAAAUGGGUGUGGAAAAUCUACUUUGCUCAAGGCAAUGGCUGGAUUAUUGAAGCCGAAUCGUGGUAAAAUGUUCGUAAUUGGCCCUAGGAGUUUUGUCUUUCAGAAUCCAGAUCAUCAGGUUGUCAUGCCAACCGCCGAAGCAGAUGUUGCCUUCGGUUUGGGGCGCUUCGAAUUGUCGAUUGAGGAAGUGCGAGAAAGAGUUCAUAACUCUCUAAAAGCUGUUGGGAUGGACAGCUAUGCUCAGAGGCCAGUACAAACUCUUAGUGGGGGACAAAAGCAGCGCAUUGCAAUAGCAGGAGCUCUGGCAGAAUCAAGCCGCUUGCUGCUUCUUGAUGAACUCACUACAUAUUUAGACAGAGGCGAUCAGAUCGGGGUUUUGGAGGCCGUCCGUCAGGUGGUCGGUGUUGAACAAAAAGUUACAGCUUUGUGGGUUACCCAUAGACUUGAGGAGCUAGAGUACGCCGAUGGAGCAGCUUACAUGGAGAAUGGAAGGGUUGUUCUUAGUGGUAGUGUAGCUGAAAUUGAAGCAUAUAUCAAAAGAAAACAAGCGCAGUUUUACAGUGAGCAGGAAAUGUUGAGAUGAUAGAGAAGCACGUUCUGGUCAUGAGAUCUAAGCUUGCGUCGACUUCGUGCGUAUAAGCAUGUGAGUCUCAACAUAAUCUUUUGCAGUUUCGUCUCCUCGAGCUUAUUUGUGUUUUGAGUUGGUGAUCCCCAUCGUUGCCAUUCAAGUUGGCUACUUCGUCUAAACUGGGCUAU